AUGGCCCUAACAGUUUCAUGGACUUCAUUUGCCACAGCUAAAAGUCUGGUAAAUGUGGGUACGGAAGCGGUGUGCACCUUGUGCGAUAAUAUUUUGUGUUUCAGUGACUUGAAAACUAAGGCAAUUAGUUACUACAAAGCCGAAAGUCCAGCACAAGGUCUAAGUAUAUCAACAAUAACGGGUCAUAAUCGUUUUUCGCUGGUUGCAUUUUCGGAGGUGGUCUUACGACCCGCCAUACACAUUAUACAAUAUCCACAAUUAAGCAAGUAUGCUGUGUUCACAUCUAAUGACAUUUUAACCUUUGUGGAUCUCCAUUUCACCGAAUACGAUUUGUUGAUCGCUUUGUCUGGUUAUCCGCAUUACACCAUUUGUAUUUGGAAUUUUCGUACCGGUCAAUUGCUGUGUCAAGUGGCCACCAUGAAGGAGUCAUUGUCAUAUUCUCUGCAAUGUUCCGGACAUCAUAUCCCACAAAUUGUUCAAUAUUCCGAAUGGAAUCAUCAAUUAAUGAUUUGGGAAAUGUGUUACUCGGCAACAGAUGUAAAUUUGCAUGAAAUAUCACAUAUCACUCUGGGCACAGAGUAUGCAUUGUGCAAUGCUCUAUCACUGUGUUAUGGUGAGGAUAAUAAUUUAUAUAUUGUGGAUAAUUUUGGUGCAGUAUCAAUGGUCCAAGUUGGUCAAUUUUUCCUAAAACCUCAAUGGUCCGUGGACAAUACCGAAGACGCACCAAAACAAUAUCAACUCAGUAGUCAUAAACAAGGUCUACUGGUCCACUGCAAAGAUGCAAUAUAUUACAUAAAGAAAAAGAUAAAUGUGUGGACGGCAGAAUGGAUAGUCAACGAUUUUCUGAAUAUUGAAAUUUUCAAGAUAAUUUCCAAUAUAAAUGGUGAUAUAUUUGCUUCUGGCGAUUUAGGAAAUCUCUAUCAAUUUGACACCUCUAACGAUCAGCCAGUCUUAACGGACCUUUACACUUUCAACCAGAACUGCAUUGAUUUUGUAAUUUUGAAAGCCGUAAAAGAGGAAUGUCUUGUACAACUGACCUAUGGAAAUAGACUGAGAGCAGUGGAAAUGGACAAGAUAAAUAUUUACUCUGAAUUGGAAAUUCCCGAUGCCAAUACGAUUGUCGGACACAAUGUGGAACCCUAUGUGGUAGUGGGAACAUCUACUGGGAAGUUGCAUUUUCUAAAUUAUGCCAAUGUUUCGGAACCCCAAGAAGUGGGAGUUAUAGAAACCGAUAAUGGUUAUGCUUUGGCUGGAAUACAACUUCUUGAUGAUGUGGCCUUAUAUCACAAUAUUUACUAUGACUUUUAUUUGGUGAAAGCAGAUUUUCAGCAAAACAAAUUCUUCGAAAUGGCUCCACUUAUAAAAGUACCCGAAGCAAUUAAUGUUAGUAAAUUCUUUUUGUCUGAUGGUCACCGAGCUUUAAUGUUCGUAAAUCGUGAUGAGGAACUCAAAAUACCUCAUGCUCGUGAGCUUUGGUGUUUUUCGUGGAAUCUGAAGAAAAAGGAAAUAAUACGCCAUGAUUAUGAACUUCCACAUGCAUAUCGAGAUAUAAGCGAUGUAUUGGUACCCGCAAAGGAUAUUGUGGAAUUUAUGGGUGUGCGUCUGGAAUCCUGCAUUAUAGAUAUUUUGAAUUUGAAUAGUAAAACAAACGAAUUGUUGUUGUUGUCAUCGAUGCAAACACCACAUUUGUGUAAUAUUAUUGGUAUAUCUGGCGCAAGAAAUCUUUUGACAUGGGGCAUAGAUGGUACAUAUGUGCAUUUUCGUACUCAUAAGAAAUCAACGAAACCUUAUGCCAUUGGACAAAUGCUGCAAAAUAAAUAUCAUCCCAGGGUGGUGCAAAAGGUCAUGGAGUCCUUGAAUUCGAAGUAUCUGGUGUAUCUCUAUUCAGCUGGUGGUAUAAAAGUAAUGAAAAUUGACUCCUCAGUAGUUCCACUGACGGAGAAUAUAUACCUCAAUUCUGAAAUCCAAACUAUGGAACAUAAAGAAGUUCACACAAUGCAAAUUGAAUCCAUUCGUUCCGAUGUCAUAGUCGAGCAUACACCCGAAGAAAUUCAAGCUAGAGAUCAACUGCUGCAGCAAAUUCAAGAAUUCGCCAAAGAAGUAACCGAACUUAUAGAUUACGACAUAUCAGUGACGGGGAAAACUCAUGGCAUUUACAAGAAAUUCUGUUUACAUCACAAGUGGUUAGAAAUACUGCUGUCUGAAGCUCAAAAGCUGUGUGAAGUUGAAAAGAAUUCCCUUGAACGGGCCAUAGAAGAUCAGUCACGUAUACGUGAUUGGAUUCGAAAUUUGAUAAUGGCAAAUUCGAAUAGUAUUACCUUUAAAGUGCGGGCAAUAUUUUCGAAUUUUUCAUUUGAAAAUUAUGGCAUGAGGAGAAGUAAUGAUCGGUUUGCUAAGCUAUACGAUUUGUAUCGUUUUUAUGGUGUGGAAAAUAUCGAUGAGGAGAAUGAGGAAGAUGAGGAAUUAAUGGAGUUGCAGGAGGCAUCGGGAGAUAAUGAAAGUAUUGGUAGGGUCGUGGUCCAAGCUACGAAGAAACGCAAGUAUCUCUAUAUACAAGGUUCGGCUUAUGACCACAUCAUUUCCGAUGAAUUGGCACUGCAGGAUAUUGAUAGUGUGACAGCCAAUCAAAUGUAUAAUCACGAUGCCAAAGUACGUAUACUCCUAACGGAUCGCUUAAAGGAAGAAUUUAACAAACGAUUUGAGGAUAUUAGAAAAAUUAAAUUCGAACUUAUGGAGGCAAUAUUGAGCACAAAUAAUACCCUGAAUAAAAUUUAUGACAAUAUGAAUUGUAUGUUGCGACUACUCAAAAUGGAUACCUUUCAACCGCCUAAACUCUCGGUGCCCGAAUGGAGCAACGAUGAAUUCAUUCAGCGUAUUAUGGAAGUCGAUGAUUCCGAAAUCAAGGCUAUUAAUCGACGUAAAAAGAAAGCUGAAAUAACCACCGUAAAACAUGGUCGUCUUCUGCUAUGGUCGGUGGAUUUUUGGGUCCGUUCUUUAAUGAUCAUGAUGGAUGGUGUCUUGGAAAAACUAUGGGAGGAGGAAAUUAAAAAGGAAAUACCAAUUCCAGAAUUUAUGUUAAAGAAAGAAGUCACCGAAUACACAUUGGAAGACCAGAAAGCAUUGAGGGAGUAUGAGGAGAAGGUGCGAAUACUUACCGAAGAUCGUAGAAAAUAUUUGAAAAUUCUGACAGAAAAUGAUGCUCGGGUUAAUGAAAUGAAAUCGAAUUAUAUUUUGAAACUAAAUGAACAAAUCACACAAAUGAUGAUAAUCAAGCUGAAAUAUGAUUUUGCCAUAAAACAUGUCCGGCUGAGGAAUUUAAAUAUCAAAGUUAUGUACUUUAAGAAGUUGCAGUGGCUAAAGAGGAUAUCACUGUUGAGAGCCAACAUCGACAAAAUCAGCGAAUAUGUUCUGCGCUAUACCAAACUCUCAGAAUGUUGGAGUAAAUCUGUUGAAGAGCUCAAGGCCAAGGGCGAAACCUUAAUGCAACGUGAUCGUGUCAUUGAACGUCAAUUCAAGACCCAAUAUCUCAAUAUGAUUCCACAGCAUAUGGGACCAGAGAUGAAUAAGAUCUUCAAGAAACGUCCAAAAAUGCCACCGAAAAUUCUUCACUCUACCCUAAUGUGUAAAGAACUAUCCGCAAGGGUAAAUACUAAAGCAUUGCCGAAAUAUCCAUUUCCAUUGCCGAAAGAUGUCACCGAAUAUUUGGAUACAUUGACAUCGCUUGAUGAUGUUGGGAAUAUGACAAAUACUUUGGAAUCACGACACUGGGAACAGCUGACAAAAAUGAGACGUCAAAAGAUCGAAAUUGAGCUGAGAAUAAAAGCGGUUAAUUUGCAAUUAGCUGAUUCGAUAGCUGGAAUGAAUUAUUUUUCCAAGGAAUUGCAAAAUUUGAAAAACACAAAGACGGAAGCUCAGCGGCAAUUGCAGGAGGCUCAGGAGGAAUAUCUCAAAUCCGUUCAAAAUCAAACCCUGGAACUGCGCUUAACUAUGGGACAGGUGGAACUUAACAUAAUGGGUUCAAUGGAGAAACUUCAGAAUUGCAUACUGAUGCAUGUGGAUGAUAUAAAUGAUAUCAAUGCUUUGAUUUGA